AUGUUUUUUAAAAAAAAGACGAUGGGGAAACAAAUAUGGCUGAACAUUACUAACAAAAUAUUCUACGGAGCACAAUGUUGCAUGAUAAGUAUAGCAUUAAUUGCUUCAUUUAGUGAUAAAACAUGCUUGGCUAAAGCUUCGGAUUGUGAGGCGUUAACAAUAUCAACGUGCCGGAAAUUGGGUUAUGACUCGAUUUUACUACCUAACAGAUUUAACCAUAAAACACAAAAAGAAGUUGCUUCGGCAUUGGAUGAAUUUACUCCAUUCAUUGAAGCAGGUUGUUCACAAUAUUUUCGUUUUUUCUUGUGUUCCCUUUAUGCUCCUGUUUGUGAUAAUGGUGAAGUAUUGCAACCAUGUCGAUCCAUGUGUGAAAAUGUAACGAGGCAUUGUUCACAGUUGAUGAAUGAGUUUGGAAUUCAGCUACAAGAGAAAAUCAAAUGUGACACAUUACCCACGAUAUGUGAUAGACAUCAAUCAUGUUUAUCAUCGACAAACAUGUCUUUGAUCGCAGUUAAAAAUUUCACCACUUCUUUAGGAUGUAAACAGCGCGAUUCCCAAGCCACAGCAAUGUCAUACACAUUAAGCAACAGUUACAAUUUGCCACUUGUGCAAGUAACUCUGGAAAAUAAGCCACUGUCCAAUGUCAUUAUAACAAACAGUACAAUUAAAAAUUCAAAGAUGUAUCAGACGCGAGUAUCUUUAAUUUUGCUUAGGCAAAGCAAUUCAAGCUAUUUCGACAUAGACAAAAGCAAUAUAAAUUUGAUGAAAUUCAGCAAGACCAAAGUAUCUCAUUUUAUUGUUAAAAGAACAAACAUUGCCUUGUGUCGAAUAGAAAAAUCUGUAUUGCGUAAUUUUACAUGUUCAAACAUGAUGUUCAAGUCGCUUUUUCUCGAAAAAUCUGUGGCAUCUCACAUAAGUCUAAAGAGUACAAAUUUAAAAUCAAUUACUAUGUUUAAUACGAAACUAUCGUACUUUGAUCUUAAAAGCAGCACUGUGAAUACGUUAUCUUUCUUCAAUAUCAAUGGAAGCUACUUAGAAAUAGCAAAUGUUCACAUAAAUUUACUGUCAUUUGUCAACUGUGAAAUAGAAUACCUGAAAAUACAAAAUUCCGUUGUGGAACUCUUGAGACAGACAAACACGAAAAUCAUGCAUUCUUCAUCGUUCGAUUCGGUGAAAAAGCUCAUUAUAUCAACAAAGAAUGAAAAUUCGGAUGGCCACCAGCCAACUGCACCUUCAAAUCAAGGGCUGUCAACACAAACAACAAAAUUAAAGACUUCAAGUCAUAAUACUUCAAAUAGUUCGUCAACUUCCUCAAGUUCAAUAACAUUUGUCAUAAUUGGAUUAUCAACAGGAGGAAGCCUGUUCAUCCUUGCAGUUAUCAUAAUGUGUUGCAUUUGUUGUAAGAAACCCAAAGAGGCGUGUACUACUCAUUGUGUGACUGAUCAGAAAAAUCGGAGUCUUCCAAAGUUACCUCAUUUUGAUGAUGAUGAAACCUAUACAAAACUUGACGACAACAGAUUUAAUGUCGAUUUUAUAAACUACCAAUCUUUAUAUCAAGAAGGCCAGCAGGUAGUUGGAGUAGGCAAAGUCGAUCGUUUUUCCAAAGGAUUUUACGAGAACUAUUCAUUAUCUGGUAAAUAUGAAAAUCCCAAGCAGGUUCAAAGAGACGCACAAAGUGGUAGUAUAGUGGUGAACCCUACUCUGAAAACUAUGUUAUUCCAAUGCCUAAUGACCGGAGCGAAAUAUCAUGAUGUAUUCAUUUACCGUGAAUGUUGUAUCAUUUUGAGACAUUCAUUUUAGUUUAUAAUUUAUAUCGUAUGUGCUGUAACUGUUUUUAAUUUAUCAGUAAUAUUAAUGUUGUCACGGAACCAUGUCAAAAGUCGGCUCGAAUUUACUAAGAAAUUUUCAACAUCUGAAUAAAAUGUGAUAAAAGCGCAAA